AGCCCGGGGAUGAGAGGGGCGCCUGUGGGGGAUUAAGGCAGGUCCAGAAGCAGUGAGUGGGUAAGGACGGCGGGUGUAGAGGAGGUUGCACAGCACACACGCCAUCAGGCACAGGAAGAUCUUCAGCCUGCCCGGCGGGCAGCUCAGCGUGCGGAUCAAGGAAUUAUAAAAGAGUUCUCCCAAAGCAGCUCUGGAGAGUGGGCUCCAGCCAAGGACGGCACGGACAGGAGAGAAAGCCAAAAACACGCUUUUCUAAACGUGCCCUUGGCUCAAUCGCCAUUAACUUGGCACUAAUGCUGUCGCUAACACCCUCAACAAUGACGUUCCUAAUCAUGACGCUAACGUCACUGCUGCAACCCUCCCCUCUUUCACCUGUUCCUCCACCUCCUCCCCGGCAUUUCCCUCCACGUCCUCCCCUCCUCCCCUCUCCGCCUCCGCCCGCAACCCCUACUUCACCCGCGCACCCCCCCAUGCCUCCCCCGACCUCACCCUCCGUGCCAGUGGGCGCUCACCUGGCUGCAAGGCACCUGCGCAGGAACGGCACUCGCGGCCCGCGUCCCCAAAAGGAGGAUUCCCAGAAGCCCAGCAGCCUGACGCUGGGCGCGUUACCGGGCCGCCGGUCUCAUCUAGUGAGCGCUCAAGGCGGGCAGAGCGAGGCGCGGAGGCGGGUGACAUGAGGCAUGGACGGAGGGGCAGAGACAGUGAGAGAAAUCGCAUGGGAAGUGGAGGCAGCAUGACGGUGGGGUCGAGGAGUGCGAGCAGCAGAUCCUUGAUGGGGGCGAUUGAGAGGUGCAGAGAGAAGGCAGGGGCGCAUGCUGCUGCUGCUGCUGCUGCUGUCACUGCGGUGCAUGAUCGUCCAUCUUCUCCCGCCCGUGGAGCAUGGGCAGGUGCAUCUCCAGAUAUCAGCUCCUGCUGUCCCAUGCCUGCACAUGCUGUGUGUGGCCGGUCUCCUUCCCCCGUACUGGUAGCAGCAAUGAGGGCAUUGGCCAGCCUGCACGCACAGCAGCAGCAGCGGAGCCUCAUGCCCUCCAGAACCUGCAAGCUCACCUCCCACUCCCUCUCUGCCCCCUCCUCCUCCUCCACUCUUCCAUCCUCUUUCUCCAUUUCCUCAACCUCCCAAUCUGUCAAUACCACUCCUGACUCCUCACUCACUCCUGCCUCCUCACUCAAACCUGCCUCCUCACUGGGUUCAUCGCAAAAAGUGCAACGUUCACAGAUCGUUUUCACCAUUCGAGCUCGGGCAUAAAGUCGGAAAUCGUCCGCCAAGUGUUCGCCAAAUGUUUUUUUCUCGUUUCUUUGCACGUAAAUGAUUCGCGAGUCUUCUGCGGAUGGGAUGUUAUGCGAAUGAGUUGUUUUGUGAAUGUUACACCUGAAUAAUAAACAUGUUCCCAU